AUAAAAGCGAUGGCAGCAUGCCUCCCUCUAUUUUAUGUGCCAAUCACUCAACAUUUCUCUUUAGCUUCCACAGCCAGGCUUCCCAAAUGGAAAACCAUAUCAACCUAGAGAUUGAUGCUCAAGGCAUUAACUUCCCUGCUUCAUCUUCCACCACUUCUCUUUCCUCUUCCUCCUCCUUUUCUUCUUCUUCUUCUUAUUCGAUAACCUUUUCAUGCUCAAAAACUGAAGAUAACUCGCGUGCAGCUCCGAAAGAAUCAAGAAAAGCUCAAGAAUUGGAAAAUGGCAAUGAUGAGAGUAGCAAAAGGCAGAAGACUGAUGUUGAGAAUGGAAAUAAUAAUAAGCAUCCAACAUAUAGAGGAGUAAGAAUGAGGAGUUGGGGCAAAUGGGUGUCUGAAAUCCGAGAGCCAAGGAAGAAGUCAAGAAUAUGGCUUGGAACAUACCCUACAGCAGAAAUGGCUGCUCGAGCUCACGAUGUAGCAGCUCUAGCCAUCAAAGGGAGCUCUGCUUUCCUGAAUUUCCCCGAACUGGCUCACGAACUUCCUCGUCCGGCCACCAAGUCUCCCAAAGAUAUUCAAGCUGCCGCUGCCAAGGCAGCAACCGCGGCUUUCCCCGCAAGGGCUCAGUGCCAAGCUGAAGCCAAGCACAUAUCGAACACUUUGGUCCUGGACAACACACAAGAAUCAACAAGCUUUCCUUCCGCUGAUUCUGAUGACAAAUUGUUUGACCUGCCGGAUCUAUUCAUCGACGGUGUUGAUCAAAGGAAUGGAUUUUGCCAAUAUUCUUCAUCAUGGCAACUGUGUGCAGCAGAUACGGGCUUCCGGUUGGAGGAACCAUACUUAUGGGAGUACUAUUAGAUAUAUUCUUUUUGACACUAAGUAAAUAACUUAGAGAAAUUGGAUACAUUUAGCCACAAAAAUUGCUGCAUUAAUUCUAUCAACAGAAAGAAACCCAAUUGGGGAAAUUAGUCUCAAUUGAAUCCAGAAUUUAGUGUCUGUCCUAAUUCGGUUAGCUCUGGAAUUGCAGAAAGAUUACACUUUCCCUGUUUGUCCCAUCGAAACAACACCAAGGGCAUUGAAACUUUACUCCUGUGUAAUAUAAGAGCACAGCUUUCUUUACC